AACAAGGGGUGUGUUUCACUUUGCUUUUCCACCACCACAGAGCUGGGACUUCCCUGUUGCCCUGUAGCAAUACCCUGUGCCAGCCAGGAUCCCUACGCAGCCUGCAUUGCUGGGCAUCAGACUGGAGGAUCAUAACCUACACAAUGACCUCUGUGACAAGAGAUGUGUUUGGCCACUUGCCCGGUGGUGGAGGAACAGUGGAAAGAUUCUGCCUUGAUUCUAAACAAGUCAGAGCUGAGGUCAUAUCCUUUGGCUGCAUAAUAACUCGCUUAGAAACCCAAGACAGGACUGGAACAUUCUCAGAUAUAGUUCUUGGUUUUGAUGAUAUAGAAGGCUAUACAAACAAACAUCCCUAUUUUGGAGCAGUUGUUGGGCGGGUAGCAAACCGAAUUGCCAAUGGUAAAUUCACUGUUGAAGGAAAGGAUUAUCAUUUGGCCAUAAACAAUGGUCCAAACAGUCUACACGGAGGCCUUAAAGGGUUUGACAAAGUGCUAUGGGCUCCUAAGUUGAUAGAAAAUGGUGUCCAGUUCUCCUACCAAAGUAAAGACGGUGAGGAAGGGUACCCCGGUGAAUUAAACUUGUGGGUAACGUACACACUUGUUGGCGGAACAUUGACUGUGAACUACAGAGCCCAAAGUAAUAAGACUACUCCAAUAAAUCUAACAAACCAUUCCUACUUCAACUUGGCAGGACAGGGCUCUAGUAAUAUCUAUGAUCAUGUGGUUUCCAUUGAAGCUGAUCAUUACCUGCCUGUUGAUGAUACCAUGAUACCAACAGGGGAGGUGGCACCAGUUCUGGGAACUUGCUUUGAUUUAAGGAAACCAGUAGAGCUUGGCAGUCAUAUGAACUCUUUUUAUUUAGAUGGUUUUGACCACAAUUUUUGCUUGGGUGUUACACAGGAACAGAAGCAAUGCGCAAGGGUCAGCCAUCCUCUAAGUGGCAGGGUGCUUACUGUCAGCACAACUCAGCCUGGGGUCCAGUUCUACACAGCAAAUUUCCUGGAUGGAUCUCUCAAGGGCAAAGGUGGUGCAGUGUAUCCAAAGCAUUCAGCGUUUUGCUUGGAAACACAGGGCUGGCCAGAUGCAGUCAAUAAGCCACAUUUUCCAAGUUCUCUGCUGAAUCCUGAAGAAGAAUACAACCACACUACCUCUUUUGGGUUUUCCCUUGCUUAGUACACAUUCAGCCCAUGGAGGUUAAAAGUAGAGCAACUGCCAGAUUGAGAUGGGUGAGAGGGGGGAAAAAAAAAAAAAAGAGUGCACAACUUUAAAAUAAACCUUAAUUUUGAAUAGUG